CCUCACUCACUCUUCCACAUACACUGAGCAGCUCCUCGCUGCUCUCUCUCUCUCUCUCUUUGUUUUGUCCACGCCUUUAAUGUGUUUUUGUGAUUUGGCGUGAUCUUUAACUGCUAUUUCGCGGAAAGAAAAAUUUCUAGUAUAGUGUUGUGUGUUGUUAAUCUGUUACUGAAAUCUUGUUACGGUUUCUAAGAAGCUGCAUAACGAUUUCAUAGAAGGUGAAGAAGGUGUUGGUGUGAUGGAAUUGAGCAAGGUGACGUUGGAGAUUUUCAACAAGCUGGAGCAGAAAUGGUUGUACCACUGCGAGGGGAAGAAGACGCGUGUUUUGAGCAUUGACGGCGGAGGAACCACUGGCAUUGUGGCCGGAGCUGCGUUGGUUCAUCUUGAAGACCAGAUCCAAGCGAAAACAGGUGAUUCGAGUGCUCGAGUUGCGGAUUUUUUCGAUAUUGUGGUUGGAACGGGGAUUGGUGCUCUCCUCGCCGCGAUGCUUGUCUCUGAUGAUGGCUCCGGGCGUCCUAUCUUCUCGGCGAGAGAUGCGGUGAAGUUUUUAUCUGACAAGCAAGCGCAGCUGUUCAAAGCAAAAAAUAUAGGCGUUUUCCGCCGACGGAUGAGGUACUCUGGUCAGAGCAUGGAUGACGUGUUGAAGGCGGUGUUCCAGAGAGACGAUGGCAAGGUUUUGACGCUGAAGGAUACAUGUAAACCUCUCCUUGUGCCGUGCUUCGACUUGAACAGCUCGGCGCCGUUUGUUUUCUCGCGAGCCGACGCCACGGAGUCACCGAGCUUCGACUUUGAGCUCUGGAAAGUAGUUCGCGCUACGUCGGCAACGCCGUCGAAGUUCAAGCCGUUCAAGCUGACCUCCAGCGAUGGAAAGACAUCCUGUUUGGCUGUUGACGGUGGACUUGUGAUGAACAACCCCACCGCAGCUGCCGUCAUUCACGUUCUUCACAACAAGCGAGACUUUCCGUCGGUUACCGGCGUAGAUGACCUUCUGGUUCUGUCAAUCGGUAAUGGAAUUCAGAGCAGCUCCUCGAAGACUAAGCUUUCUCGCAACGGCGACUGCUCGACCGCUUCCGUCGUCGGCAUUGUCCUCGACGGCGUCUCCGAAACCGUCGAUCAAAUGCUCGGGAACGCUUUCUGCUGGAAUCCCAACGAUUACGUUCGAAUUCAGGCGAACAGCGACGCUGAGACGGCGGAGGAGGUGUUAGCCAAGAGAGGAGUGGAGUCGCUGCCGUUUGGCGGGAAGCGUUUGCUGACGGAGACAAACCGGGAGAGAAUCGGCGCGUUCGUACAGCGGCUAAUCGCCACAGGAAGGAGUAGCCUUCCGCCGAGUCCGUCAAAAGAAACCGCCGUUAGUCCUCUUGUUAACGGCCGUUAGUUUCGCUUGUCAAUGCCUUUUCAGUGUGCGCCUCUUCUUAUUAAUCAGUUUUUAAUUAGUCCCAUGUCAGGUACACUUUUGUUAACUGCCCCUUUUGUCAACUUUAAGCACCAUCCAAAAUACUAAAGUAGCAGUAAUAAUUAAAAAUACUAUGCUAAUAUACUAGGAGUAGUAUAUAUUAAUUAGUAGUGUUAAUAUAUUAUACAUUGCAGUAGUUACUGUCCGGCCAUAUGCAAUUAAUUAAUUCAA